AUUGGCUUCUUAUAUAUUUUAUUUCUUUUUGUUCAUAAGGGAUAUUCAUCUUUGGCCGUUGCAUUAGUUUUACCAGAUUCAGGUUGUUUUGUGGCCUGUGAAAGAGAUGCUAAGUGUCUUGAGGUUGCCAAAAAGUAUUAUGAGCUAGCUGGUGUUUCACACAAGGUGAUAGUAAAGCAUGGACUUGCAAUUGAUACCCUGAAGUCUCUGCUCCUAAAUGAUGAAGCUUGCAGUUAUGAUUUUGCAUUUGUUGAUGCUGAAAAGAGGAUGAAUCAGGAAUACUUUGAACUACUACUACAACUGGUUAGGGUUGGUGGAGUCAUUGUUGUUGAUAAUGUCCUUUGGCAUGGAAAAGUCGUCGACCCAAUGGUAAAUGAUGCUAAGACCGUCAGCAUUAGGAACUUCAAUAAAAAAUUGAUGGAGGAUAAUCGUGUAAGCAUCAGCAUGGUACCAAUUGGAGAUGGGAUGACAAUCUGCUGGAAAAGGUGAUUCUAUCACGAAAAGGAUAAAUUCUGAUUCACUAAAUUAGUCCAGAAAAGCAGUGUAUGAUUUGGAACUGGUAUGAGACUGAUCUCCUUGUGGCAUUCGUUGGAAAA